AUGUUUACUGCUACUCAAACUCCACUUCGGGGGGAACUGGAUACUUCAAAUUUCCGAGAUGGAGUGAGGCAAUACUCUACCUCAAAUUACAACUACUACAGAAUUGGACAACUCAGUAACACUGGUGUUAGUAUUGCACGCUAUUCAAGCAGCUACUACCCACAAAUAUACGGUAUAUUUACCUGUGAAGUGCCAGACAGUAGAGGCAUUACUGUUGAAACCAGCAUCGGGAUAUAUGCUUCAAUGCCCAGUCCACCAUCUGUGUACAGCAUUAGUUACAGUGAGCGUCACCGGGCUAGUAACGAUGGUGUACUAGGAACAGUCGAUUGUUUGACCCAGAACUCCCCACCUACUAAUGUGACGUGGACAAGAGACGGGUCAACUAUUGAGGUGGAUGGAGAGGGAUAUGAAAUGAUGCAAAUGGUGACAGAGCGUCAGUCGUAUUCCAGAUACAGAAACACUCUACUCAUCAAGGAUGCUGCCGAGCUUGCCGGCAACCAUAGUUUUUGCUGCAGGGUCUCCAAUGCUGCAGGUACCACUUAUCAGUGUGUUGCCACAUCAUGGACAGCUCAUCCCGAUGUACAUAUAGUUACAUAUGGGAAGAAU